UAUUAAUUCACGAUUAUAUAUGUAGUAUCGUGGACGAAAGGCCUAAGAAAUAUCGGGCGAAUUAUGAACAAUGUCGCGAGAGCCGAGGCGCCGUCGGGCCCAUCAAUGUGUCAUCGGUCUUUUCAAGUGCAUAUUUCGUGGAAAAGACCUACGUGACCCUGGCCACGAGCGUCUGCAGAACACGUGUGCGGUGGGCCUAGGAAAAAGACAACAGAAUGCGGCAACGACCAGAGAGUUAGUCGAAAAGCAGCGUGCGAGUCGAAAAGCAGCGUGCGAGUCGAAAAGCAGCGUGCGAGUCGAAAAGCGGAGAGUGCGAGUCGAGAAGCAGAGUGCGAGCUGAGCGGAGACAGAGGUUGCGAGUGGCGUUGCCGAGAGAGUGUGGAUUGCGCUGUUUUCUGUGCGUUUGGCGUGAAUAGUUCAGGUUGAACAACAAUCGUCUUUUUCUGUCUGAUUAACAUCUCUAUUGUCCACUCUUUGUAAACACAUUAUAUCACGAUAUUACAUAUUUUUGGGGGCUCAGCCGGGAUUGGACAAGACAGAAAACGAAACGGUUUAACAGAGCUAUUCGAGCUAGUUGUGAAUUUACCGGUACGCGGUGCGGUAAAAGACGAUAUCGUUGACGGUUUAAGUUUGUGUAGUGUGAAAAAUGGCAAACGUCGGGGACGAGCGAUUGUCGGGUGAAGAGGGUUCGACGCUGGAGGAGCUGAGGAGUAAGCUCGCGCGAAUGAACCUCCCUAUAUCGGGUGCGAGGUCAGUGCUGAUUGCAAGGCUGAAUCGGGCGUGUAGGGCUGGACAAUCGUAUCGUAAGGGAUCGACGGGCGGUGAAGAGCUAACCGGUCAACGAGAUUUAGAAAAUGUACAGAGAGCUGAGCGCGAUUGUAACGAAGAUGAAGAUGUUGAGAAAAUGAAUACGAAGGAGUUGAAGGAGCGCCUCGCUAGUUUGGGUUUAAAAACGACGGGAAGAAAAGUAGAAUUACGCGCACGGCUACAAGCGGCCAUGGAUGGUAACGACAUAUCGUCGGAAGAAGAAAGCGACGACGAAAGUGAGGAUGAAGAUGACAAGAAAAACGCAAGAGGAUACAAGAGAGAUACGCGAAGGGUGUAUCAGGACCGUGACGAAUGUUGUCGAAGGGCAUGCGUUGGUUCGACACUGAAUUUUAGAGACGUCGAAGAUGCAUUAGAGUCGUUUAGUGGCAACAGAGGUGAAAAUGUCGAACGAUGGUUCGAGUCGUUCGAGGAAGUCGCUGAUACGUGCAUGUGGUCGGAUGGGCAGAAGGCAGUCUACGCCAGGAAGCUGCUGAAGGGAUCAGCGAAAAUAUUCGCGAGCUUCGAGUGUCAUGCCAGGACUUGGCAUGAGUUGAAGAGGGGGCUAGUGAAAGAAUUUUCGAGGAAAGUCAACAGUAGGCAAGUACAUCAGAAACUUGAAGAAACAAAAAAGGAGAGUGAUGAAGCAUGUUUGGCCUACAUGUGCCGCAUGCUCGAAAUAGCCAGCCAUGUGGACAUGGAGGAGGAAGCAAAGGUGGAAUACAUAGUGGAUGGAAUAAUAGACGACGAGAACGAUAAGGCUAUAUUGUACGGCGCUACGUCAAUCAAAGAGUUGAGGAAGAGGUUAGUGAUGUACGAAGAGCAGAAGAGUCGCAGAGCAAAGUCGAUUGUGAAGCCGGCUAAAACUCAGAAGAACGGGAAGCCCAGUCAAUCUGUAGAUGCAAUGAAGAAAAGAAGAUGCUUCAUUUGCGGUAGUGAGGAUUAUCCAAGUGUUAAGUGUCCGGAGAGGGGAGAAGGUGUUAGGUGUUUCGAGUGCAGCGGAUUUGGACAUAUUGCAGCGAGGUGUACGGCACGACCGAAAGAGACUUGCGUAGUGUCAAGAUCCGAAAAAGGGAAGUAUGUGAAAGAAGUGGCGAUAGAUGACUGUAGGUUUGUGGCAUUAGUGGAUACGGGUAGUGAUCUCACGUUCAUCCGAUCAGACGAGUAUGCGAGGUUAGGGUCACCACCGCUAGGUAAAUGCAAGUUUAAGUUCGACGGUUUUGGUUCCGCUGGCAAUGAGACCUGGGGUGAAUUCACUAAGGUAAUGACGGUUGAUGGGUGUAAACUGCCAAUCACUUUGCACGUUGUUUCAAACAAAAUAUUGACGAAGCACGGCCUGUUGUUAGGCACUGAUUUUCUGGAUCAGGUAGAGUUACGGGUUAAACGGAGCGAAGUGACUUUCUUGCGGCUUGACGAACAGACUAACAAAGACGUGUCGGAUGUGUUUAGAAUUAACGUAGUAGAACAGACUGACGAAACAGACCUAACACACGUACAGGAACCGCAUUAUCGUGAAGCGAUUCGAGAUAUCGUUAGGGGGUAUAGGCCGGAGAAGAAGCGAGACGUCGGAAUAACCGCAAAAGUAGUUUUGGAAAGCGACAAGCCGGCAGCGCGAAGACCGCGAAGACUGGCGCCGUCGGAAAGAAAGGAAGAAGAUGAUCUGAUGGAAGUGUGGACAAACGAGGGUGUCAUCAAAUCGUCAGACUCGGAGUAUGCGAGUCCGAUAGGUGUAGUUAGAAAGAAAGAUUUGUGUGUGCGUGUGGCUAGAUGGGCCUUGUUACUAGGCGAGUUUAAGUAUCAGGUGUGUCAUCGGCCGGGGAAAAGUAUGCAGCAUGUAAAUGCUCCGAGUAGGAACCCCCUGCCGAGCACUAUUUAUGUAACGGAGAGUGAAGACGGGCUGAUUGCACGGUUGAGAAGGGCACAGAACAAGGACAUUGAAGUCCGUAGGAUUUUGGACGCCGCAACGUGCAGUCAGGCCGAUGGGCAGGCAGUAAGAAACAAUAUUUUGUAUAAGGAGCGUAAGGACGAUGUGCUAAUAGUAGUAUUGAAGGCGAUGCGGGCUGAGGUAGUCAGGCAAGCGCACGAGCGUGGGCAUUUCGAGGUUACCAAAACAGAAGCUAUGGUCAAGAAGGACUUCUGGUUCAGGGGGUUACGCGAAAAGGUCGAACACGUGGUAUCCAACUGCCUUGACUGUAGCCUAACCGAACGAAACAUAGACGCACUACUGUUACCGAAGAAUUCUGGUUUUAAACAACCCGAACACAAGAAACAAAAUUUUUCGAGCAAUCCACACUUGAUCUCGAAGUCGUCAAAAAUGCAAUGCUAUCCCAUAACCCAUCAGGACCGACGUCUAUGCACUGUACAAACUCUUGUUUCGUUCCUACUAGCCAAAGUUCAUACAGACACUCUAUUACGUUUCACGACAUCUCUCAAGGCUGAUGCUCACAGUAACGUUUUGCACUGUGCAGAGAUCAUCAGAUUUUUCGAAUUCUCUUCUGGAAUGGUAGCCCAGUUCUCUAGUGGUCGUCUUACGAUUAACUAUUACCUCGACGAGUCAGGAAAUGGAAAAUCGAAAUUUAGUGGAAAAUGUAAUCGGCAGCACGAAAAGGAAUCUCAACAAACAGAUGGAGUUUUCAAUUAUCGACCAGAAACUGGUAUGGGAUAUUGUCGUCUUACAGGACACAGUUUUUGUUUGCCGCAACUACGAUCUUACGAAACAGGAAAAUUUUCAACCGACAACACCACGGUCAUCCCAUAUCCUCCAUGCUCGCCAAAUUUAGCCCUUGGAAACUUCUUUUCAUUUUCCAAAAUGAAAUCGAAAGCGAAGGGGCAAUGUUUCUGCAUUGUGGAAAAGGUACAAGAGGCGUCGCAACGGGGGAACCACAAAGAAAAACGGGACAGCAAACGCAGAACAAGUUAUUUCAUGCAGCAUGAGUAUGGAAACAGAGAGGAAAGAAAAUACGAAAAUGCUAGAAAUGAUCGAAAGUUCAAUAAAAGAAAACGUUGGAUCAAGCGUCAAAUCCAGCAACAAAAGAAAAAGCAACAGCACUCCUGCGAAGAAAGGAAAUCAAAACCAACGCGGCUUUUGCAUCCUGGAUAUGCCGUGCCAGCCCAUAACGACACGGUUAUGGAUGACUAG